UGGCGAAGCGAAGUAAUCCAUUAAAAUGACAUAAACUGAUGAUACAAUGUUAGAGGAGGUCGUUUAUGCGAUUCUCCCAUUAAAUCUUGCAAGGGCGGUGAGGUUCAAAAACAGACCUCAUGAGAAUCGAGUCUACACCAAGAGGAGGCGUGCUGGAAGAACUACAUCAAAACAGUAUGCAAAAGAUGCUCUCACACAGCUUGAUAAAUCUAUGGACAAUGCUCAAACAUACCCGAUUAAAAGUAAAACAUUGAGGAAGCUAGAAGUAUCAAUGUUAUUUUCAUUCCUAGUUUUUUAUGUAUGUUUUAUAAAUGUGAUAAUUAAGUGUGAUGUUAGUGAUGUAAAUAUAAAGAAAUUUAAAGAAAAAGACGGCGCCUACAGAGGGCAUGAGUAUAUAAGAGAUAAGCGACUUUGGCAAGGAUAUAAGUAUGGAGAUAGGGUCAAUGAAAAAAGUAUUCGUGAAGGCCGGGCUUCGACGAAAAGAGAAACAACUGAUGGCGACAAAAUUUAUAAAUAUACUGGCCCUGAAUAUUAUGAUGAAUACAAAAAAGAAGAUUUAGUCAGUAAUAUCACAGAAAACCCGCACAGUAUCAGUGUUCCAAAUUAUGCUUUUGACAAUUCACGUGCGGUAGGCUAUCCUCAUGACUUGGCAGCAAACCCUUUUUACAUUAAGAAAGUGAACACAAAUUUACGACCAAGAUUCAAUUGGUUUAAGGAAAAGACAGUGAAGUUGGGUGUUCUUUUACCAUUUGAUCCAAAUCAUGUGUUUUCGUUAGUAAAAGUAUUACCUAUAUUAGAAAUGGCGGUCCCAGCCGUGACGAAGCCCGAUGGUCCUUUGCCGGGAUGGAAAAUUUUAGUGGACUAUCGAGACACAGAAUGUUCUUCCAGUAAUGGGCCACUGGCUGCUUUUGAAUUCUAUGUCAAUGGAUCUGCAGACGCUUUCAUCGGUCCAGGGUGUGAAUACGUUAUAGCACCUGUAGCGAGGUAUGCUGGUCUUUGGGGCAUACCAGUGCUUACUGCAGGGGCUCAGGCCGAAGCUUUUUUUCACAAGAAACAAUAUCAGACCUUGACCAGAAUGAUGGGCAGCUACACUCAAGCCGGUGAUGCUAUUCGGAAAGUCUUGGAGGAGUUCAAUUGGAACCGAAUCAGCAUGAUGUACCAUAACAACGAUCCCGCAAGCGGUAAAGGCAAUAGUCUGUGUUACAUGACCCUCAGCGCAAUGUUCACAGUUUUACGGAAGAAAAGUCAUAUAACUGUUCCUAACUACGUUUUCGACGAAACCAGCAACACUACUUAUACAAAUUUCAAGAAACUUCUUAAGAAGGUCGCAUUGAGUUCUAGAAUCGUGGUUUUAUGCGCUAAUCCGAGCACUGUAAGAAACAUAAUGCUGGCCGCCGAUGAACUCAAUAUGGUGUCAUCGGGAGAAUACGUCUUCUUCAACAUAGAGCUGUUUUCCAAUCUCGCAUCGGCGUCCUCCAAAGAACCAUGGAAGUUGGAGGGUGACAGUGAUGAACGAAAUGAGAGGGCCAGACACGCUUACAGCGCCGUUCUUACCGUAACGAGUCCAGCUCCUGAGAAACCAGAAUACCUAAAGUUUUCCGACCAGGUAAAGGAAUUGGCAGAAAGCAAAUACAACUAUACAUUUGGCAAAGGAGAGGUGGUGUCUACGUUUGUAGCUGCAUUCUACGAUGCAGUGGUGCUGUAUGCACUCGCACUCAAUGAUACCCUACAACACGUGGAAGAACCUGGCUUCACGCUGGCCGGGGCACGGCUUAUCAGCAAUAUGUGGAACAGAACUUUUCAAGGAAUCACCGGCGAAGUUGUAAUCGACGCAAAUGGCGAUCGCGUCGCAUCAUAUUCUUUGCUGGAUAUGAACCCAAACACGAGUAAAUUCGAGGUGGUCGCAACCUACGUAGCACGAAACUCGUCGCUUCAGUUUAUUAAGGGACGACCGAUACACUGGGCGGGAGGGCGUCACACCCCACCACCCGACACGCCGGAAUGUGGCUUUGAUGGCUCGUUGUGUCCUGACACCUCUUUGCCGGUUUACGCAAUUCUAAGUAUUGUUCUGAGCUCGGUGGUGGUGAUUUUGGCAGUUCUAUCAGUAUUCAUUUACAGGCAUUACAAGUUGGAAGCGGAGAUAGCAAUGAUGACAUGGCGCGUAAGUUGGAGCGACGUGCUGCAGCCGGGCGGACGUUUGCGCGGGAGCAUGCAUUCUCUGGCUCGACGCUACAGUUCAGGAACGGCGUAUUCUGACGAAGCAACUUCUCUGGCUGGCGACCGACAAAUGUAUGCUCCUUAUGGAUUUUAUAAAGGCUGCCGAGUAGCCAUCAAAAAAGUCGAUAAGCAACGUAUUGAUCUCACACGACCUUUACUUCUUGAGCUAAAAAAGAUGAAAGAUUUGGAACAAGAUCACUUGGCUAGAUUCUACGGGGCAUGUGUAGACCCGCCGCACUGUUGCCUUUUAACCGAAUACUGCCCCAAAGGUUCUUUACAAGAUAUACUGGAGAAUGAAUCUAUAAAACUGGAUUGGAUGUUCAAAGUUAGUCUGAUGAAUGAUAUCGUCAGGGGUAUGCACUAUCUACAUGGCACGGAUAUACGAUCUCAUGGGGCUCUUAAAUCAAGCAACUGUGUUGUCGAUUCUCGUUUUGUGUUGAAAAUAACCGAUUUCGGGUUACACGCACUUCGCACUAGCGAGAAGGACUGUAGGGCUCAUAACUACUGGACACGUCUGCUUUGGACUGGUCCUGAACUCCUGCGUAUGUCAGAGCCUCCGCCAGAAGGUACCCAGAAGGGCGAUGUGUACUCCUUUGGGAUCAUAAUGCAUGAAAUUGUCAACCGCCAGGGUGUGUUCUGGCUCGGACCCGGCAUCGAGAUGCCACCUAAAGAGAUAAUCGAAACGAUCAUAGCAAGCGGCCUUCGCCCGAACACGACGCACUACCGUUCUUGCGAGGCAGACGAAGCUACUGAACUCAUGCGCCGUUGCUGGGCAGAGGACCCCGGCGAGAGACCAGACUUCGGAUACUUGAAGGGAGCCAUUCGUCGACUCAACAAAUCUCAAGAAAGCAGCAACAUAUUGGACAAUUUGCUGUCUCGUAUGGAGCAGUACGCUAAUAAUUUGGAGACAUUAGUCGACGAGCGUACUCAAGAUUAUUUGGAGGAGAAGAAGAAAUGUGAAGAACUUCUCUAUCAGUUGUUGCCCAAGUCAGUGGCAUCGCAACUAAUCAACGGUCUAUCAGUGGUAGCUGAGACAUUCGAGCAAGUUACCAUUUACUUCUCCGACAUCGUGGGAUUCACUGCUCUCUCCGCUACAUCCACUCCUAUGCAAGUUGUAGACCUACUCAAUGAUCUCUAUACCUGUUUCGACUCCAUCGUGGAAAACUACGACGUUUACAAGGUGGAAACCAUAGGUGACGCUUACAUGGUAGUGUCUGGUCUGCCGGAACGCAACGGGACUCGUCACGCGUGCGAGGUGGCACGCAUGUCGCUCGCACUGCUGGAUGCAGUCGGUCGUUUCCGCAUUCGCCAUCGGCCUAACGAACAACUGAAAUUGAGAAUUGGACUUCAUUCGGGUCCCUGCGUAGCAGGCGUGGUUGGUCUCAAAAUGCCCCGUUACUGCCUAUUUGGAGACACUGUCAAUACUGCUUCCCGCAUGGAAACCAACGGAGAGCCUUUGAAGAUCCAUGUCUCGCCGACUACAAAGACAUUGCUUGACACAUUUCAGACUUUCAGACUUGACUGCAGAGGGGAAGUUACUAUGAAGGGGAAAGGAACUCUAGUCACAUAUUGGUUGUUAGGAGAGACAGUAGAUUCCAACGCCGUUGUUCCUUAUCGAGAGAAACCACACACGUCGAGGACACAGAAUUCAACUAUUGAAUGUGUGUCUCAUCUUACGCCUUUCCGAAGUCGAUUGGAUCACGGAUCCAGAUCGUCAAGCCGCCGAGGCUCUGGGAUAUUUAUAUCAAAAACAGCUGACGCCAUAAAACUGGAAAAAGAGGCGCAGCCUUUGUUGCAAACUCUUAAACUACAGAGACAACUUUCAGAUCCAGAGACAGUGUCCAAUGGCGUCACAGAAACAGAUGAACUAGAACGAAGUAUGUCAAACUCUAUAUCUCUUACGGUGAACUCGCUAAAUUAUGGCGCUAUGAGUCAAAAUAGCCAAUCUAAAAUGAAACUUAGGGAUUGUCAGGGAAACUCUACUGGAAAUCACAAAUCAAAGAUUGGCAAUAACAAUUGGAUCCCGAAAAUUUCUACUGCAAGUUCCUUUGAUAAUGGAACUAAGCGAAACAACGAGUGUCUAAAAGAUUACAGCAGCGUACCUCUGCUGUCCAAAGCCGAGACGCCAAAUGAUUCGAUAGUUUAAAAACGUGCAAGAUUAGACGUAUGGUGUAAGAAUCAGAUACAACUACUAAAGAACAACGAGUAUUGUGGUCAGUGGAAGAUCUAUACUGAAAUGUUUUAAUUGCAAUAUUACGUAUACUUAUUGUUGUUUAUAGUAAAUUAUCUACAUGUUGUGAAGUAAUCAAUAAAAGUAUUAU